AUGCCGCUAAUACGGCAGCACGCUCCUCCAUCAUAUCAAGAGGUGUCCAACCAUGGUCCCCGAGUCCAGCUGCCCAUUGGCGAGCUUCUCUCUCUGGCCCUCGAUGGCCGCUCCGUCUACUCGGCCACCAACCCGGAGCUGGUCUACUACGAGCUGAGCGCCGCUCCCUUGCAGGCGACGUCGCUCAUCUACGUGGUGAAAAAGGUCAAAUACCGCCUCGCCGGCGACCUGCGCGUGGGCAGGCUGCGCACCCGCCACGACGACAUCUACCUCUUCCGCGACGCCUACGUCAACUUCUACGCGCCCCGGCGCAUCGUCAUCGACGGCAAGGCCAGCGAUGCCCGCUGCUACAGGGACGUCAAGCUGAAGCCGGGCCUCAUGGGCUGGUCGACGUGCUCGGCUUCGGGUCACUUCACGGCCAAGACGGCCCUUCGCGAUCGCUGGCGGCAGCACUACCAGGUGAUUUGGAAGGACGCCAGCGGCCGCAUCGUCGCCAUGGAGGACAAGGCCUGGCCUUCUGUGCCUAUAACCGCCAAUGGUAGUAGUACGGCGAUGACGGCAGCAGCAGCGGCAGACAACAAUGAACACCACGCCGCACCGCCAGCUCCCGUGCCAUGCUUGAAGCUGCUCCGGAUGCUGGACGAAAAAGAUUUGGAUCUGCUGGUGACGUGCUGGACGGCCCGCCUCUGGAAACAGGCGCAAACGUCGCUGGGCAGCCCUCCCAUGGGCCGGUCUAGAGUCAAGCGAUUCGCAGCACGAUAUCUCCGUCUCCGCUACAUGACCGAUCUAGUCUCCUCCAAAUCAACCCCGACGCGACGCCUCGAGGCAUAA